AACUGUCAAAACAAUUUUUGUAAAAUGGCCGAUUUUAUUUUUAUUUUGAUCGCGUUGUUGUCGAAAGUGCGGUGAAAAAUCGAAUUUCCCAGUGCGAAAAAAUGGUCGAGAGAAAUGAAAAAUUGUUGGGCGAACUGGCGAAAUUGCCGGGGAACGACGUGUGCGCCGACUGCGGCUCCAAAGAUCCGGAAUAUGCCUCUUAUAACAUCGGGAUAUUCAUAUGUACAAGAUGCUCGGCGGUGCACCGGAGCAUGGGGGUGCACAUUAGCAAAGUGAAGCAUUUGAAGCUGGACAGGUGGGAGGACUCUCAACUGGAAAGGAUGAAGGAGGUGGGCAACAUUAAGGCCAAAAUGAAGUAUGAAGAGAGAGUCCCCGCUUGCUAUCGGAUACCUAAAGAGGAUGAUCCUCAUAUCCUGGUGGACCAAUGGAUCCGCGCCAAAUACCAAAGGGAAGAGUUCUGUUAUCCAGAACGUCAAACAUACACCAACGGGUACUACUCGGGGUUCCUAAUGAAGCGUGGUAAAGAGGACAGCCGAUAUAGACCGCGGAAAUUCGAGUUGUCGGAGAAGGACGACACGCUUAAGUAUUACGUGGCGGAGCACCGGGAUCCCAAAGCGAUCCUACGGGUCACCGACAUCAACGUCGUCUUGGCCCCCGAGAAAAUGAUCAACGACUCCCCCAAUUCCAUGCAGAUAACUUUCCUGAAAGAGGGCACCACCAGGCACAUCUUCGUUUACCACGAGGAGGCCGAGGUGAUAGUCAAUUGGUACAUGGCGAUCAGAUGCGCCAAAUUGCACCAGUUACAAGUGGCGUAUCCUUCUGCGGGGGAUUCGGAUCUGGUGGAUUUUCUUACGGUGGAUUUCGCCAAAGAGGGUUGGCUGUGGAAAACCGGGCCUCGGACCUCCGACGGGUUCAAGAAACGCUGGUUUUCUUUGGACAAUCGGAAGCUCAUGUACCACGACGAUCCCAUGGAUGCUAAUCCGAAGGGGGAGAUCUUUGUUGGCCACAUGUCCGAGGGUUUCUCCGUAAAAAUCGGGGUGUCCCAGGGGGUGAAACCGCAGGGUUUCGCGUUCAUGCUGACCACCCCGGAGCGCACGUACAACUUGUCCGCCCAGUCGGAAUUCGACCGGGACACCUGGAUCGAGGUGCUGGAGCGGGUCAUCGAACGGCCGGUGAACGUCCAGGAUAUCGCAGUGUCGGCUCGCUUGGCGCGCAGGCGCGCAAACACCAACUCCAUGAACAUUUUCUCGAACAGGUAGUGCCGAUGACACCCGAUCGAUCGUCUCGUCGUUGUGCGCAAAAUACUCUCGUUUGUUUAUUUUUUAUUUUAUUUUUUUUUUGUUAAUGUCACGUUUUCCGGUGUCCCGCGGUCCGCGUAGCUCGGGUGUUUUUUUUUUGACGAAGGGGAAACCUGUACGGCACUGUUUUUCAUAAUUAAAGUGUUUCAAGGCAAGAGAGAGUCCGUUUUUGCGAAUAUCUUCACUUCCAGUCAAGAUAUUCACGUGAUUUUUGUCUUAAAACACUCAGCUGCCAUGUCAUCAACAAACACUUAAAAAAAAAAGAAAAUCCGUACAGCAGAUUUUUGAAAAAUGACGCCCGAAGUGCCGUUGGACAUCAAGAAAGCGUGGACAGCCCGUGAAAAAAAAAAACUAUACGAAUACUCAAUUCAAAAUCGGGUAUUUCUUGAUUUUUCCUACUAAGAGCAAUCUGUUCUGUUUUUGACGGUUAUUUAUGUCAUUUUCAGUACCUGUCCUGCCGCGUUUAAUUGUACAAAAGUGCCCUUUUUAGUACAACUAACGUUACCACUUGUCUAACCUAGUCUUAAGUAUUAUUUUCCCCCUCUCCGGUAAAUCGCAGUAAAAAAUAUGCCAAAAAUACGCCUGAUUUUGGACGAUCUUUGUACAAAUAAGCCGUUUUUGUAAAUAUGUACGUCAUCACACUCAUUUCUUGUACAACUUCAGCCCUUUUAUUGCCGUAAUUGUACCAAAAAACAAACAACAACAACAACGUUUCAUUAUUUAUAUUCCAUUUUUUAAAAAUUAGUUAGUUUUAAUAAUACCGAGACUGUUCUGAUGAUGUUUGUUCAAAUAAAGCAAUCUCUUAUUAUA